AUAAAGUGCAAUUCUUCUUGACACAUUUAUAAAAAAUUAAAACAUGGAAGAGAAAAUUAGAAUUUUCCGAGUCGCCAGAUAGUGUAAAAUGCCAAAACGAAUACCGUUCCACGUAGUUUAUGCAACAAGUGAAGACAGCUCGUACCCAGCAUGCGAGCUGAACUCCCAAGGGCCCGCCGUCCGCGGCUGGCGGAGCGCCGGGCCUCCGCCCCACGAGCUUCUCCUUCGACUAUCUGCUGUCACGAGUAUACACAAGUUACAGCUGCUUGCUCAUCAUCAGCUUAUACCGGCAUGCGUAGAAGUGCUGGUAUCUGGUGGUCUCCUAUCAGAGGGCGCUGCGACCCCCUGCGGAGCCACUUACACCAGCGUGGGCAGAGUCACCCUCGUGAGACCCGCACCGCAGGCAAGGACGAGGGAAUUAAGAUCAGCAGCACUUCCAGAACCAACUGUAGCUAGAUUCGUGAAGCUCAGAUUAUCAGGGCCACAUCCACCAGCUAAAGAAGAUGACCAGGUAGCAUUAAUGGCAGUAAACGUUCUCGGAGAUGAAGUGGAAGAAGAAAUUAAAGCAGAAAACAGUCCAGCAGCUAAAGCAGAAGUCAGCUUCUCUCCAUAUGACGAUCUGGCAUUUAUUAUGUACGUUGAUAAUGAAAUAGCUGACUUAGUGAGGAACUUGGAUGAAAAGAAACGGGUCGCUGUUGCUGAGGAGCGUUUCGAAUACGCAAGACGUCUUAAAUCCGCGGGCUCUGCGCUCGCGGCCGCCGGUAUACGCAUUGGUCGUUGGCGCUUGCGCAAGCGCACCGCAGCUGCGAGAGAUGACUUCGAGCUCGCGAGGCGCAUGCGUGAUAGGAUCGCGGAUGCGUUAGUGGGGGUUAAGGAAGAUCCCGAACUAUUGAGACUAUUUGAAGAUGAUGGGCCGGACUCCCGAAACGACUCAUCAAUGCCACAAGCGUACGACUUCUCUCACCACCUGUCCCCAUCCGUGGCUGCCGGUGCCAUGAGCCUGGACAUCCCGUCCCCAGUCCCACCGAUAGAACAUGAAGAUAAUCAGUUCAAUGGGCUGGAUGAACCUGACCAUAUUUCUGCCUCUCCCGUCCACAUUCUACAAGAAGAUACACAACCAGAGCCAGAAGUUAUACAGAUAGCACAAGAAGAAGAAGAGAAAGUAGAUGUUCAAAAGAAAGAAGAAGAAGAAUUGCGGAAAGAUACAGACAGCCCAAGGAGAAGCAUCACUCCUAACGCUGCCAAUGGUUCCUUGAUACGAAGAAGAAAUAAAAGUGCUGGCCCGAGAUCAACGUUCGAAGCGUAUGAAGAAAGAUUAUUACCAGCACUAAGACAUUCGCACACAAACGAAUACCUACGAGAUACUCGCGAGGAGGAAGGCAGCGCGACGGGCACGUCUCACGCGCGCGCCGUCCACAAGCUGAAUGAGAGGGAACGCAAGCAGGCCGCGCUACCUAUACUUAUUUUUGGAUACCCUCUUGUAGAAAAGUUCUUCUCGAAAAACUAUUUGGAUAAAGAAGAAGGUCUAGCCCGUCUUCGAGCUGAACUAACCUCUCCAUCGAACGGGAGCACCAAAACGUCUCCGAACAAGACUGCAAGAGCCGCCGCCAUUUUGUUACAGAGGGCGCUGAGGGAUAAAGUGUUUUCAGUUUAUAGUCAAGCGAAUGAAGUGGUUAGGGUACUGUUUAAAGACUUUGUGCCGGAUCGGGUAUGUGCAGCGGAAGUAGGCCGUUGCUUAGAGAGGCUACUACCAGAACUCCUGCGCGCGUGCGGCGACCCCGCGCCGCGCGUGCACUCCACCGCGCAGCACACCGUGCUCACUGUGGCCGACUGCCCACACGUCAGGAGCUUACAUAUUAUACCACAACAGCUGGUGAGACCAGUAGCGGCAUCUAUGCAUCCAAGGCUAGCGCUGUCUCGUCUGCAAAUGCUGGAACAACUUAUACUAAGCCACGGAAUAUCGACUGACAAGAACAGUGGGCUAACAGUCCGCCGCCUAGCUGAAUGCGGUGCGGCGGGCGCGCAACACGCAGCGGGUGCGGUGCGCGCAGCGGCUGAACGCAUCCUCCUCGCGGCAUACGCACGUUCGCCGCGCGUAGUGCGUGCGCAACUACCGCCCGAUGAUGCGGUGACGAGACGCAACUUGAUCUAUCGGCAUUUGUUCCAGCAGUUUGAUAGGAUUGAUAUGCAGAAAAUUUUAAACCAAGCACCCACCGAAGAACAAAUUCUUAACGGCACCGAAUCAGUAGACUCCACGCUCGAAGCCAGCACAGCACAAUCCACCCGCAGUGGUACCACCGUCAGUGGAAUGUCUACUUCCCUUGGAAUGACUGCCUCCAUGGACGCUACGUCAUCAUACACGUUGAAAUCCAGCGCCAGCAGCGCUACACUAGCGCCAUCUAGUUUAAGUGGUAGUUUUACCACUUCUAGAACAAAGAGUAGUUUGAAGAAAACAUCGACUAAGAAGUAUGCAACGACUCGACCGUCGAAGGAUAGUACUAAUUACCCCGGAUAUAAUAAGUUGAGAUUGGACAGCGCUGUGAGUCCGAAACAUUCGCCGCGGCCAUCUACUGUUGGAAAUGAGAAGGUCCACUUCCAAGAAAGCCAAACAGAAGAAGUUAUAUACCGUCGAUCAAAUAGAAACUUCGAGAAUCGCCAUUCCAUGAUACAUUACGACCACGACCCCUCUAAGCCUAACCUAAAAGAGCGUCCAGCUACAGUUUAUGAACCCUUACAUCUAGAAUACAGAGAUUCACCAACUUUAGGCUCUCCAAAAACUUCUAAAAAUGAACUCAGAAGUUUGGAUUCCCUGCCUAUAGAUUCUCCUCAGCUUUCCAGAAUGGAUUUACGAGAUUCUGAUAGAAGUCUAGAUUCCCCAAAAUUGAGAGCAGAUUACUUUAGAGAUACUGGUCUAGAGUCACCAAAAUUAGUAGCUGGGGUCAGAAACAUGCACUUGGAUGAUCACAGCCAAAUGGACGAGAGUGGAUAUUAUAGCCCAGGAAGACGACAACAAGUGAACGAGACUCAUUUCGAUGUGUAUGAGGCGGUCGGCACGGAAGCAAGCACAGAGACAACCCCUGAACCGGUUUGCAAUACAUCAUGCACGUGGUGCGGACGGCGCGUGCGUGCAGCUGCGUUAGAGACGCACUACUGGCGUCGCUGCGUCGUACUCGCGCGGUGUCCACACUGCCGCCUCGCGCUUGAAGCGCGCGCGCUGCACACACACUUACUGGAAGAAUGUUCAAUGAGCGAAGGUCUAUGGAAAGCUUGUCAGAAAUGCGGCGCCGCGCUACGAACUGACGAGAGCGAUUAUCAUGCGAACUGCAUCCCUCUUGGCCUGGACGAAUGGAAAUGCCCAUAUUGUUUCACAAACGUACUGGCCCGGGAUCUUCCUUGGCAGAGGCAUCUAAUGCAAUGUCCAAGGAAUCCGCGACUAACGCAAUCUUCGUAAUUUAUUCUUCAGUAACUUCAUCAUCAUCAUCUUCACCUGGUGUUCUAUGAGUGAAAACUUUAAUAGCAAAAGUGUGAAUUAAUGUUCAGUUCGAUUUUAUAACUCGUAGUUACUUUACUUUUUUAUAUAAAUUGUGUUGAAAUAUGUAUGUGUAAGUUGUGAUCGGUACACGCAAAACAAAAAGUUGUGUUUUAUAGAAUGCGUUAACGGCCACACUCGCGGUAGCCUAUAACACCAAGCCUACGAAUAAUUCCUCUAUUACAUUUAUUUAAAAUGUCCGGAUUACAAUUAUUUAUAAAUGUUUUAUCUGUUUAUCUGCA